AUGAUGCCGGGGGGCUUAUCUGAGACCAAGUGUGCUACUCCAGAAGUGCAGCUUAUUGCUGACAAGGUGAAGCCACAAUUAGAAAACAUGGAAAACUGCACAUAUGACAUCUUUGAAGCCAUAGAAUAUAGGAGUCAGGUGGUUGCUGGGGUAAACUACUUCAUUAAGGUCCAAGUUUCUGAGACUGAGUAUGUCCACUUAAAGGUGUUUGAGGUACUUCCGUCCCCGGACAACGACGGUCCCAUACUCACGGGUUUUCAGACUGGCAAAACCAGGGACGAUCCUCUGACCUUCUUCUGA